AUGGCCAAAUGUGAAGAACACUCCUGUGCAAAUGAACAAUCAGCUAUUUGUUUACAUUGUGACCGUCGUUUAUGUGCUUUACAUGUUGUUAAUCAUGGUGCAAUUCUUUUAGAAGAAGCUAAUGAACUUUCUGAUCAACUCAAUGAAGUAGCUGAACAUUUGAGUGUUUAUCUACAACAAAUUCAAAGCAAACAUAAUGAUGCUAUUCAAGACAUUGAUAUAUGGCGACAAAGAAUACUCUACAAAAUUGAAAAUAUAUAUGUAGAAAAAAAACAAGCGAUCGAAGUAAAACAAAAAUCUUUUAUUGAACUUGAGAAUAAGUUAUCACAACGACUUACAAAAGAUGUACGAGAACCAUUGGAACGUAUGCAAGUACAAAAAAGUGCUAAUUAUCAAGUUCUUCAAGUUAUGCGUCAAGCUCUUAACGAUAUAAAAGAAGAAAGUAAGCAACUUCAAUGGACUUCAACAGAACCUUCUAAUCAAUUCUCAUCAUUUAAUAUUCAAAAUACUACAAUGAAUAAAUCUAAAAAAAGUAAAUUCGAUGAUCAACAUUCAUACGAAAGUAAUUCAUCAAAAAUGAAUGUUCAAAAUCAUGCUCCAAUAUACUCACUUACAAAUCAAUGGUUUUCAACCUAUCCAUCAAAUCAACCAUCAAGUGGACAACCUUCACCAGUAGUGUACAUUGAUCCUAAGCAAAAUCUCUAUUCACAUAUGACAUAUCUACCGGUAAAAUCGUCAGGUUUUAUACCAGUAGUGAGACAUCCAUCUGAACAUAAUCAAAUUGGAACAUUACCUCUUUCUCAUAGGCCACAAUUAACAACAGCCACUUCUAAUUUACCUUAUCAACUUGGAUUUCCACGAACAAUAAUAUCUGCUGCACCAUCUAUAAAUUCAUUAUCACAAAUGUCAACAGAUUCGUCUCGUCUACCACUAGAUAUUAACCGUCUUCCUGCUUAUGCGAGUAGAAAGUUAGUAGAUUUAUUUAUGAGUGUGUCAGAUUCAAAUGAGAACCGUCUACGUCAUUUCAUACUCAAAAAUCUUAGUCGAGCAGCACAUGGUAAUAAUAUGAUGGUUUUAAUACUUUCAUUUCUUGAAUCUUGGCAUUCGAAAUUAUCGCCUACUAUUGUUAAUGAACGUAUUUUAUCUCAUCAUAUUUUUACAAUUAAAACCUAUAUGAUUUGUCCAGAUCAUGAAUAUAUAGCUAUAGCAGCAAUUGUACGUUAUAUUACUAAUUGUAAUUAUAAUGAAAUUAAAUCAGGUCAAUUGAUGAUUAUACUAUUAAAACAUUUCUUUGAACACAAAUGCAUCACAAAGACUACAAUUCUAGAUUGGUAUGAAAAUGGUGCUACUUAUGGUUAUCGUAAUUUUCAUGAAGGAAAACAAUGGGCUAAACCCUUUGUUGAUAAAUUAAAUAGUGAUGUUUACAUGCAAUAA